AUGGAGCUUGACCCGGAGGCGCCCCAGGUUGACGAGGACUCGGAAGACCCGGGAGAACCGGGAGACCCAGGUGGCCAGAAAGCCGCGGAGAGAAGCCACGCGGCCCCGUCGUCGGACCCCAACUCGACCGCUUCCCCGGCUGCCUCCUCGGCCGCCUCCUCGGCCGCCUCCUCGGUAGCCUCCCCGAAUGACUCCUCGCCCCUGCCUGCCGCCGCCUCUCCCCUGCCCGCCGCCGCCGCCUCUCCCUUGCCCGCCGUCGCCCGCGCCCCGGCGCACCAGGAGCAGCAGAGGGGUCCGGAGGCGGCGGAGCGGGGCGGUGGGCACCACGACGACGAGCAGCAGCAGGCGUCUCACCAGGAGCAGCAGCAGCCGCAGCAGCAGCAUCAGCACGAGGAGGCGCACUGCAAUAUCAGUGUGCAGCGCCAGAUGUUGAGCUCCCUGCUGGUCCGCUGGAGCCGGCCCCUGGGCAUCCAGUGCGACCUGCUGCUCUUCUCCACCAACGGCCACGGCCGCGCCUUCUUCUCGGCCGCCUUCCACCGGGUGGGCCCGCCACUCCUCAUCGAACACCUGGGGCUGGCGGCCGGGGGUGCCCAGCAGGACCUGCGCCUCUGCGUGGGCUGCGGCUGGGUCCGGGGUCGCCGGCUGGGCCGCCUCCGAGGGGGGGCUGCGGCUGCUGCUGCCGCGGCUGCGGCGGCGGCGGCGGCGGCGGCUGCCGCUGCGGCGGCCACCAGCCCCGGCCCCGGCCCCGGCCCGGCCUCGGCCUCCGCCGCCUCCUCCGCAUCCGCCGCCGCCGCCGCUUCUUCGGCUGCUGCUGCAGCUUCUGCAUCCCUGCCCUCCUACCCCGCGGCCGAGCCGGGCCAGCUCUGGUGGCAGGGGGAGCCGCUGAAUUUCUGCUGCCUGGAUUUCAGCCUCGAGGAGCUCAAGGGCGAGCCCGGCUGGCGGCUGAACCGCAAGCCCAUCGAGUCCACGCUGGUGGCCUGCUUCAUGACCCUGGUCAUCAUCGUGUGGAGCGUGGCCGCCCUCAUCUGGCCGGUGCCCAUCAUCGCCGGCUUCCUCCCCAACGGCAUGGAGCAGCGGAGGACCGCCGGCAGCAGCAGCGGCGGCGGCGGCGGCGGCGGUGGCGGCGGCAGCGGAGGGACCGGCGGCGGCGGGAGCGGGGCCGGCGGGGGCGGGGCCGCCCCCUCCUCCUCCGCGGCAGCGGCCGCAGCGGCCGUCACAUCUGGAACCGCUGCGGCCGCCGCCGCCGCCGCCGCCGCGGCCGCCGCCGCCGUCACAUCGGGCACCGGGGCCAAGUAG